GGUGCCAGGCAGGUGGCUCCGGCCGAGCCCAGCCCCAGCAUGAGCGCCUUCGACCUCCCGGCGCCCUCCCCACCUCGCUGCAGCCCCCAGUUCCCCAGCAUCGGCCAGGAGCCCCCCGAGAUGAGCCUUUACUAUGAGAACUUCUUCCACCCCCAGGGCGUGCCCAGCCCUCAGCGGCCCCCCUCCCUCGAGGGGGGCGGCGAGUACGGGGCCACCCCCAACCCCUACCUGUGGCUCAACGGGCCUGCCAUGACUCCGCCACCCUACCUGCCCGGCACCAACGCCAGCCCCUUCCUGCCCCAGGCCUACGGUGUGCAGAGGCAGCUGCUGCCCGGCGUGUCUGGGCUGGGGGGCGGCGACCUGGGCUGGCUGCCCAUCCCCUCGCAGGAGGAGCUGAUGAAGCUGGUGCGGCCCCCCUAUUCCUACUCGGCUCUCAUUGCCAUGGCCAUCCACGGGGCGCCCGACAAGCGCCUCACCCUCAGCCAGAUCUACCAGUACGUGGCCGACAACUUCCCCUUCUACAAUAAGAGCAAGGCCGGCUGGCAAAACUCCAUCCGCCACAACCUGUCUCUCAAUGACUGCUUCAAGAAGGUGCCCCGCGAUGAGGACGACCCGGGCAAAGGGAAUUACUGGACCUUGGACCCCAACUGCGAGAAGAUGUUCGAUAAUGGAAAUUUCCGCAGGAAGAGGAAGAGGAAAUCGGAUGUUUCCUCCAGUGCGGGAUCCCUGGCCUCUGAGAAGACAGAGAGCAGCCUCCUGGCGGGCAGCCCCAAGACGACAGAGGCCCAGGACAUCUUGGACAGUGCCUCCCCAGGGACCGCCAGCCCCCCGGAGAAGCAGUCCUCGCCUCCCCCACCCGGCACCCCAUGCCUCAACAGCUUCCUCUCCUCCAUGACCUCCUAUGUGAGCGGGUCGAGCCCAGUGAGCCGCCCUGUGGCAACACCAGGACUGAGCCCUGAGCCCACUGACAAAACGGGGCAGAACUUGCUGAACUUCAGCUCCUACACCCCACUCACCAACCUCAGCAGCCAUGGGGGUGGGGGCGAAUGGGCCAACCCCAUGCCCGCCAACACUCUCAGCUACGGGGGCUCUGUCCUCAACCAGUUCAGCCCUCAUUUCUACAACAGCAUCAACACAAACAGUGUCCUCUACCCCAGGGAGGGCACUGAUGUCUAGCUCAGCUCCCGAACCAGACGGACAUGCAGAGGAGUAAAGCACUUGAGACCUCCCAAGCAGGUACCAUUGGGAUCCAAGGCCUCCGACCUGCCCAGAUAUAUACACAGGAAGCUCAGAGGAACUCAUCUUUUUUCUAGGACGUUGUAUAAACCUUCUGUUUAUCUCACAUAUGUCCACGCACACACUCAUCAGCUCUGCAGUGGAAAUACUGAUGCCUGAUAGCAGUAAUCAUGGCGGCCAUUUGUUGAGUUCUUACCCUGUGCCAGGUGCUGUCCUAGAUUAUGUCCUCUUCAGAGACAUAAUCAUCCUUACUAUUUACAGUCACGCUGUGAGGUUCCAAUGAACCUCUUCAUUUAACAGAUGAGGAAACUGAGGCUCCAAGAAGUUAGGUAACUUUCCCAGGAUCUCACAAACUAGUAAGUGGCAGAGCCAUGAAUCAAGUCUAGGUCUAUCUGACCCCCAAAGUUUGGGCCAACAGAGGCAGGGAUGGGGCAAUUGGUCGAGCAGCUAAGAAAGGUCUGUAUGAAAGCACGCCAAUCCUCUACCUUCUGGCUGUCCAUCAAAAUUUAGCCCUAGCCCCAGGCACAUCUUAUCCUGGUCCAAGUCCUUAUUCUGUGGCUCCCGAUUUACUUGCAGACAUUUCUUUUGCUGACACUCAAGGAGGGAAGCCCAGGCCCAGGCCCCUGAAGGAUAGUGGGUCCCACCUCUCCCCACAGAGGGACAUUUCCCAGUCCCAGAGACUGUGAGCAGGGCUGGGAGAGGAGUGCUACACUGCGUACCCCUACCCCAGCACUGUCCAUCCGCAAAAUCUUGUAAAGCCCAGCUUCCUGUGUGCACGUCAUGGACCAGUGAGCUGAAAGUGGCUGAGUCUUCCAAGAGAAACAAGGCUGAAUGAGCACUUCCUUUUUUAUAGUCUGGGAGAGAGGAGUGUGGAAGAAAACAAUGCCUCAAAGGAGGGGUUGUAGCCCACUGCACAGGGCACCAUGCCUACAGCUCCCAAGACUUUUUUCUUGUUUUUAUAUGUACUUUACAUGCCUGUGAUGUGUCAUCCCAGCGCAUCCUGGGAAGUGUUUUUGUGUUCUUAUUUUCUUUUUAAUUAAA